AGAAGUAAUGUUCUGACGGACCAGGAGAUAACUUCUAACCCAUUGAUUACAUCGUGUAUGCGUCAGAAUUCCGUAAUUCGUAUCAGGUAAGGCAUACUGUCAAGUACGAGACGCAUAGUUGGUAUUCGCGAUGAAAGUUUGGCCGUAUCUACGAUGAUGAGUAUCUUCGUCGCUUCACGUUAGAGAAAAUAACGUGACGGAGCUGUCGAAGUCUGCGUCGUCGAGCGGAAAUCGGGGACGCCGAAGAGGAGAAGAGUGGAGCCUUUGCUGAGUAAGCACGGUGCAAAGUGUAACUGUUCGGCACGUUACAUAUUCGUGCCGCGUGCCACGUGAGUGCGCUCCCAGAUGUCCGAUCCGAGGCCGUGCCGUCGGCCCUGCUAUCACGCUUUCCAAAAAGACUUCGUCCUCGAGGGCCGUUCUCGUCGCAGCUUGACGUGGGCUUCAGUUGUGACCUUCUUGCCUUCCGGCCGUCAGCCAGGAGUCCGGACGAGCACGAAGCAAGCUGCGACUGCGAGGUGCAGCUGGCGAGGCCGAGUGACUUACUCAGCCUAUCAAAUUCUUUCGUCGAGGAGAUCAAUCGUUCGUUGCACUCUUCUAUCAUCUGUCCGCAGAUAUCCGAGCGUUUCACCAGUUACAUCCCGAAGCUCCCCCAGAACAACUGUUUGGAUAGGUUCGAGGGCCUCGUCCGUCAGGUCCGCUUUAGGUCUACCGUCGAUCCCCGGGCCUACAAUUCCUUUUAGCCUGUUGUAGCCAGCCCUAAGAUGGU